AUGACCAUUUUUGAACAAGCGAUGAUUUCUUCGGCAUUCCUCGAAGAGUGUAUCACCCUAGCCAGGCAGAACAGCCAGGGCCCUACCAGCUCCCCCACCGACACGGACUUCUCCGACCUCAGUCUCGAUGACAAAUACGCCUCGAGCGUCUCUUCUGGCUCCCCUCCCCACGUUAUCUCCAAGGUCGAGGCCACCCUCUACUAUGCGGGGAUCUCCCGUUCCCCCCCCAAGCUGGUCUACCUAGGGAGUGACAUGGGUUAA